CAUGGUCGUUCUCAAUUUCACUCUCACGCCUGAAGCGGCGUCAAGGAUACAUGAUCUGCUUAUAUGCCUGGGAAAAUUCAGCGACACGGUUGCCAUUGAAGCUCGGCACGAUAAAUUCACAUUCACCGCUCUGAACUCCUCGAAAUCGACUUAUGCCGCUUUAACGCUCGAUAGUAACACAUUUUUCACCAGCUAUGAAUGUGUACCGGGCAAUGGCGGGUCAGAUGGUCGAUUCACGUGCAGUAUGUACACCAAAGCUCUUCUGUCAGUAUUCAAAGGCAGGAUAUACGAUCCGCUUGGAAGGGCUGGUGCAAUUAGUCGCUGUGAAGUCAGCGUGCAAGAUCGAGCCGAUGAGGCACAGUGUCGUUUCAUCGUCAAAAUGGUGUGCAAUCAAGGAGUCAUCAAGACUUACAAACUUACGUAUGAGGCUGUUGAUGUCAUGCAUGCGCUUUUCGAUCGUAACGUAGCCAUCAAUCGGUGGAGUAUGCAAUCGGGAGUCAUCAAGGAGUAUAUCGAACACUUUGGGACCAAGACGGAGAUGCUUGAUAUCUUUGCAGGGGAGGACGGUCGCGCCGUCUUCAAAAGCUACACAGAAAAGAUUUCGAACGGGAAAGAAGUGCUCAAACAUCCUCUCGUAACUGCAAUUGCAGUGAAUAUUUCAGAUUUCGAAGAUUUUAAUGUGCAGCAAGGACUGCAUAUCAUCAUCAGCAACAAAGACUUCAAAGCGAUAGUCACUCAUGCCGAUACACUGAAGACAAGUUUGAAAGCGUACUACUCUCAACCUACUCGCCCUCUUCAAUUUAGCUACGGCUCUGAUGGUCUGCUCUGUGAAUUCACACUCAUGACAUCGGGCGACUACAACUCUGCGGUUGCAUUGCCAACACGCACUCCGCAGCUUUCCGCCAGCUCACUCUCACGAGCUCCAUCUUCGAGGACGACAACCGACAACCAAAGCAUGCCACCACCCGCUGAGCCUGCAUCCAGACGGCCUACUCGCCUUCAACCUGGAUCUGCAAACAGGACAAACUCACCCAAGCCCCAAUUGGAUCCGGACCCGGAAAGUUUAUUUGUGGGUCAGGAUGACGAUGAGGAAGCACGGUGGGAGCCGGCAGAUUAUAGCAACGAGGAAGAAAUGCUUGGAUGGGAUGCAUCUGCGAAUCAAGAUGCAGGUAACUUCCCGACGUUUAGGGACACUGGAAGUUUCUCGAGGACGGGCAAUAACAGUGGCUCCGGAACGGGGACCGAAGAGAAGAUGGAAGGCAUCGCUGCCAGUCAAACAGUGUCUCAAGUGCAAGGAUUAUGGUGA